AUUUUACUAAGACUUAUGCGGAGAAGGUCUUUGAAAUAUAUCUGCAGUCUUAUUAUCGCCCUCGAUGGUAUUUACCUCAUCAUGCAGUAAUAAACAUGAAAAGACCAGAAGAACUUGGAGUGGUCCUUGAUUGUGUCGCCCAGUUUGCAGGGGUUUCCCCAAAUGAUAUGAUUUAUCAAGAACCCGAUACCACUGCUGAGUUAAGGUGUAUAUUAAUAAGUUUUCGCAAGGAGGCAGUUGCAAUCCCUGCAGAUGUUGAAGAAAUGUUCAUGCAAGUGAAGGUCCCUGAGUCUGAUCGAGGAGCUUCAAGAUUUCUGUGGUGGCAGGAGGGAGACAUGUCGAGGGAACCAUCCGAGUUUCAAAUGACAUCCCAUCCAUUUGAUGCCACAUCCUCGCCGUUUCGUGCGAACUUUGCCUUGAAUAAGACGACCCAAAUAUUCUCUGACGGUUAUGAUGGUUAUGUUGUAGAUGAUGUCAAGAAUAAUUUCUAUGUUGAUGAUUGCUUGAUAUCCAUUCCCACUUGUGAUCAAGCAAAGAGUUUCGUUAAACAGAUUAGUGAAUUAUUAUGUAGAGGAAGUAUACAAAAAAUGAACGAUCUUGAAUCUUGGUUCAAAUGUCCUACUUUAUUGCAUGGCGAAUUUUAUAUAACAAUCACUGACUGUCCGGAACCUACUCCUGACGAUAUUGAAUUUAGAAAAACUGCUGUGGUUAACUUGAGUAGUAUGAAGUACAACAUCACACCUAUUCUCUCUUAUUAUUCCGAGUGGUUGAAAUUAGUCAGAGCUGUAACCUGGUUUAGAAGGUUUAUCGAAUUCCUGAUGGUACUUCGUUUACCGAGUUGUGAAGGAUCCGUUCAUCUAGGAUGUUUAAAGGUCAAAGAGCUUGAGAUUGCCAAGCGUAAGAUUUUAUUGAUGGUUCAGAGAGAAGUAUAUGGAGAAUUACUUAGUGAAUUUAAAAACAACAGUAAAGUAGUAAGUCAUGAUGAUCUGAAAGGUUCAUCAUUGAUAAUGCUUGAUGGGUUACUCUUCUUUGGAGGUCGACUAAGAUACUCAGAUUUCCCAAAUGCUUUUAAACAUCCAGUAAUUUUACCCAGUCGACAAUUAGUGACGGAAAUGAUAAUUAGACAUUGUCAUAAAGAACAAGGACACAUAGGAAGAUCAUUAGAAAAAGGGUAUGGAUAUGUGUUUACUUGUUUGCAAACAUGGGCAGUACGUAUUGAAAUGAUGUGUAGUUUGAUUACUGAUUCAUUUUUAAUGGCUCUAUUACGUUUUAUUGGAAGAAGAAGGAAACCUCCGGAGAUUUACAGUGACAGUGCGUCAAGCUUUGUGGUGACAGUUUCUGAGUUAAGCAAGUUUGUGCAGCAGUCGAAUCAGAAGAUAAACAUUGAAUUGUCAGUGAGGCCCUCAUCCAACAGCAUGGGUGGAGUUUGGGGAAGAGUGAUUAGGUCUAUAUCAUGACUGUUAUCGUUGAUCACCAGAGAACAGGUGAAGCAGGUCUCCUUGAAGCUUUGGAUUAGUCUUUGUUGUUAUUAAUGUAGUUAGGUCGAGUAGGCGUACUGUUGUAAGUCCUACUCGUUCCUAUGGUGUGAUAUGUUAUAUAAUGAACCAUGACCGUAGGCAUCAAGGUAGCUUGUGUGGUAUGGAGGGAUUUUGGGGGCCGGUGUAAGAUCCAUUUUGAAGGUUUUGUGUGUUGGUAAAAUCCCUCCAUGUAUAUACUUGUACUUUGUUCCUAUUGAUCCCCUUAGUUGUACAUUGUUGUAUUUUGAUUACAUUCGAAUUGUUAAUACUUGUAUUUUUUAUUAUAGUUUUUGUUUUUCUUACGCAUUCACUAAGUUUGUGUUUCUUCCUGAACUUCAUCUGUGUUGUUUUACUUGACACUUGUUCUUGGCGGUAGCCAUAUUGAUUUGCUCCUCCUUUUGUGUGUGUUCUAUCCAGUCAGGAUAGAAUAACGUUCAUUUGUUUUGACUGGUAAUUUUCCCUCAUCUUCUAUCAACUUCUUUAUUUAUUGUAAUUUAGAUUUGAUUGAUUGAACAAUUAUUGGUUGAAUAGCCGGGUGGUAAUAUUUGUUUAGGUAACGAUUUACAUUUAAAUUUAUGAUGAAUUAUAGAGCCGCUAUUUACCCG